UCUGUGCAUUUCCGCCUUUGCUUCUGUUUUUCCCCAGCCGUGCGUGGGAAGCGGUUCCGGGGCUGAUAAGUCUAUGCACUCUUCUGGGCUCAGUGCCCCUCGGAGACCGAGAGGCGAGUGAGCGCGGGAUGGCUGGUUAAGGACCGUAGGCGUUCCGGGUUCCGUGCAGUUUAGGGAGCAGGAGGGAAAAGCUUUAAUAGGAAAGGAGAAUUCAGGAGCUGCCACGCAGGCCAGAUCUUUCAUGACUCCAGUCCUCUUCUUCUAACCCAGUGUAUCUUCAGAGUUGUCUACAUUUUUCCAAGAACAGCCAAAAAUGAAUAAAUCCCAGAAAUUCCAGGGAUCAGUAUCCUUUAAGGAUGUGACUGUGGGCUUCACCCAGGAGGAGUGGCAGCACCUGGACUCAACUCAAAGGUCCUUGUAUAGAGAUGUGAUGCUGGAGAACUACAGGAACCUUGUCUCAGUGGGGUAUUGUAUUACCAAACCAGAGGUGAUCUUCAGGCUGGAGCAAGGAGAGGAGCCAUGGAUAUUGGAGGAAGAAUUCCCAAGCCAAAGCUUCUCAGAAGUCUGGAAAACUGAUCACAUGAAAGAAAGGAGCCAAGAAAACCAGCCUAAACAUGUAUGGGAAGUUGUAUUGAUCAAUAACAAAAGGCUGACUAAAGAACGAGGUAAUGUACUAGGAAAGUCACUUGAGUUGGACACAGAUUCUUUUCCUUACAGAAAAAUACUCUGUCAGUGUGACUCAUGUGGAAUGUGCUUCAACUAUAUUUCAGAAUUGGUUAUCGAUAAGAAAAACUCUUUGGGGAAAAAAACUGAUGAAUUUAAUGCCUGUGGAAAAUUGCUACUCAGUAUUAAACAUGAGAAAACUCAUACUAGAGAAAAAAAUGAAUAUUUUAAAAGUGGAAAAAUUGUCAGUCAUAAUGAGGAUUCUGUUCAGCUUGAGAAGAUUCAAACUUUAGAGCAAAAUUUUGAAUAUAACAUACAUCGAGAAUCCUUCAAUGAAAAGGUAGUACUCAGUACAUACAAGACAGAGAUCACUGAAGAGAAUGACUGUGCCUAUGAUGAAUAUGGGAGAAGAUUCUGUGAUAGCUCAUCCUUAUUGUUCCAUCAGACAACUCCCUCAAAGGAAAAUCACUAUGAAUUUGGUGAUUGUGGGAAAUCCUUAUGUGUGAAGUCCUCUCUUUUAAAACAUCAUGGGGCACAUUUGAAACACUGUGAAUAUGGUGAAAGUGGGAAUAAUUUCAGGAGGAAGUUCUACCUCUCACAGCUUCAGAAAACUCGUAAAGGAGAAAAGCACUUUGAAUGUAAUGAAUGUGGGAAAGUUUUUUGGGAGAAGUCACACCUCACUCGACAUCAGAGGAUUCACACAGGAGAGAAAAACUUUCAGUGUAAUGAGUGUGGAAAAACUUUCUGGGAGAAAUCAAACCUCACUAAACAUCAGAGGUCACACACAGGGGAGAAACCGUAUGAAUGCAGUGAAUGUAGGAAAGCAUUCAGCCACAAGUCAGCCCUCACAUUACACCAGAGAACACAUACGGGGGAGAAACCCUAUCAGUGUAACGCAUGUGGGAAAACUUUUUAUCAGAAGUCAGACCUCACUAAACAUCAGAGAACACAUACAGGACUAAAACCCUAUGAAUGUUAUGAAUGUGGGAAAUCUUUCUGUAUGAAUUCACACCUUACAGUACAUCAGAGAACUCAUACAGGCGAGAAACCCUUUGAAUGUCCUGAGUGUGGGAAGUCUUUCUGUCAGAAGUCACAUCUCACACAACAUCAGAGAACUCACAUAGGAGAUAAACCCUAUGAAUGUAAUGCAUGUGGGAAAACUUUCUACCACAAGUCAGUACUUACCAGGCAUCAGAUCAUUCAUACAGGUUUGAAACCUUAUGAAUGUUACGAAUGUGGGAAAACCUUCUGCUUGAAGUCUGACCUCACAGUACAUCAGAGAACUCACACAGGAGAGAAACCGUUUGCAUGCCCUGAGUGUGGGAAAUUUUUCAGCCAUAAGUCAACCCUAUCUCAACACUUUAGAAUCCAUACAGGGGAGAAACCAUAUGAAUGUCAUGAAUGUGGAAAAAUCUUCUAUAAUAAAUCUUACCUAACAAAACAUAAUAGAACACAUACAGGGGAGAAGCCCUAUGAGUGCAAUGAAUGUGGGAAAACCUUCUGCCAGAAAUCACAGCUCACUCAGCACCAGAGAAUUCACAUAGGGGAGAAACCCUAUGAAUGCAGUGAGUGUGGAAAGGCUUUCUGCCAUAAGUCAGCUCUGAUUGUGCAUCAGAGAACACACAUAGAAGAAAAGCCCUAUAAAUGUAAUGAAUGUGGAAAAUCUUUUUGUGUGAAGUCAGGACUUACUCUGCAUCAGAGGAAGCACACAGGAGAAAAGCCCUAUGAAUGUAAUGAAUGUGGGAAAUCCUUUAGCCACAAAUCAUCACUCACGGUACAUCACAGGGCUCACACAGGAGAGAAGUCUUGUCAAUGUAAUGAAUGUGGGAAAAUUUUUUACCGUAAAUCAGACCUCGCUAAACAUCAUAGAUCACACACAGGGGAGAAGCCCUAUGAAUGUAACACAUGUCAGAAAACCUUUUCUCAGAAGUCAAACCUUAUUGUACAUCAGCGAACACACAUAGGAGAAAACCUUAUGACUGAAGUGAAUGUUAGAAAUGUUGAGCCACAAUUCAGCACCUACUCCAUUUCAGAGAAUUCACACUAUGGAGAAAGCUCUGUUGAUAUCCUGAAUGUUUUAAUAACCUUCAUCCACACAACUGGCCAUAUUUUACUCCAAAGUAAUGACAUAGGACCAAUUUCUAGACUGCAGCAAGUAUAGGGCAGUCUUGUUAAGAGAUAAUAUUCCACUGAAUGUCAUGUACUGGCAUAAAACCUCACAGAUUUUGAUUUUGUGAAGUUCUAACAAAAAUACUAGGUUAUAUCAGAAUUUAUAUAGGGGAGAAAUCUGUCCAUUUGAGACUUAUGAAUUGACAAUUUUCUUUAGAGGUAAUAUAACUUCAAAAGCUAGAAUUUGUGUUUUGGUUUUGAUGCUAUGGUUAUUUUUAGGAAACACUGUAAUUUAUAGAUACAUAUUGUGCAAUGCAAAGCUUUACAAACUAAAAAGAAUAGUAAAAAUAGGCUCAAAAGAAGUUGCAGUAAUAGUGCAUAGAAUUCUGAUGUGCCCUUUACAAAGCUGCUUCUAAUAAUAAUUACAUAACAUACUCUAAUUACAUAAAGAUAUUAAUAGCCCUAACAGGAAAUUGAUGGUACCCUACUACUAAGUCAGAUAUAGACUUUAUUCAGAUUUCACUAGUGUUUACAUGUAAUCUUUAUGUUUGUCUGUGCAUUUCUAUGAAAUUUUUUGGUUUAUAUAUUUGAGUAACCUUCAACACAUGUUAUAAAAUCAAAAAGGAAUCUAGAGUUUGUAUUAUAUGAAGAUUACAAAGGAAUCAGGAUCUCACCACAGGAAGUUAAUAAAUAUUAUUAAUUAUUAAUAAUCAUAGCCUUUGUGCUGUCGUAAUCCUGGCAACCAUUUAAAUAUGAAUCUUUUUAAAAGCAGAGAUAAAUUGAAUAAUUAGGGCAGAAGCAUCAAACACCAGUGAAGCAUCCCUUAAGUUCACAGGACUUAGGUAUGUACAUUACAUAAACUAUAUGUUUCUUACACAAAAUGGAACUUAACAUAAUUGUGAAUAGAAAAUACAUACUCCUGGUUUAGCAGUUGUUACAACAUUAGGCACAUUUCCUUUGUGUGUAAGGCCUGGAGCAACAGUUUAAAAGGAGGCCCACAAAGCUCAUGUCUAACCUUUUAAAACUUAUAAAUCAAAAUAACUAAACAUUCAAUAAAAUGUAUUCUCUGCAUGGGGAUAUCUAGGCCCUGGUCCUGUUGCCCCUUCUCUUUCACCCAUAGCUUAUUGAAGACCAUGAUGUGCCUUGAGUAUACAUAUGUAAAUACUCUAGCCUUCAGCCUAAAUUUAUCCAGACCCUGAGUAAGCAACUGCUUUCCAAGACAGGAUCCAGGAAGGAAGUUUCAGAUUAGACAACACUCAGGGCUAUAAAUUAGACUGUAAAUUCAAGGGUCUGAUGUACCCUGAGAUCUGGGCCCUUAAUGACUGUUGACUCUCUGAGGAGGAAGACUGAGGCUGGAGCAUGGCCAGAAUGGAACUAGAGCAGUGCUUUUAUUAAUAGGGUAGAGGUGAUAUACUAAAUUAUAUGAUCAGAUUAUGUAAACAAUUACAUUAAGCUAGUAACGUAAGAUUAUAUGAUCUAGUGAUCUUAGAUUAUAUACAGAGUCCAAGCUUCUGUGGUAGGAAACUAGAAAAAGAAGAGCAAAUUAAGUCCAAAUUAUACAAAAACAAAAUAAUGAGAACUUAGGCAGAUAUCAGAAUAAUUGAAAACAGGACACCAAUGGAGAAAAAUCAAUAAAACCAAAAGCUGGUUAUUAGAGCAGGUCAAUAAAAUUGAUAAAUCUCUACUCAGGUUAGCUAGAAAAAGAGAAGAUACAAACUGCUAACAUCUGGAAUGAAACAGAGCCAUAACUGUGAUCCCUUUGGCAUCGAAAGGGUUAUAAAGGAAUGUUAUGGACAACUCUGUACCCACGGAUUUUAUAACCUAAAUGAAAUGGGCCAAUUCCUUGAAAGAAACAAUCUGCCAAAACUCAGAGAAGGAUAAAUCUAAAUAGGCAUAUGUCUCAAGAAAUUGAAUCAAUUUUUAAUCUUUCAAAGCAGAAAGUAUUAGGCCCAGAUGUUUUUACUGAUGAAUUCUACCAAAUUAAGGAAGAAAUAGCAUCAGUUCUCUACAGUAUCUUACAGAAUGUAAAAGCAGAGCUUUUACUUAUUCUUUGAAGCCAGCAUUACCCUAGUUGUAAAGCCACUGAAAGACAUUACAAGAAAGCCAAGGUACAGACCAGGAUCUCAUUAAUAAAUAUAUAGAAAUCCUCAACAAUAUGCUUGCAAAUUAAAUCCAACAGUGUAUAAAAAGAAUUACAUGACAUGAUCAAGUGGGAUUUAUCCAGGUAUGCAAGGCUAGUCCAACAUUUAAUAAUUAAUGUAGCCCAUCAUAUCAACAGGCUUAAGAAGAAAUAUAUGAUCAUAUCUGUAGAUGCAGAAAAAAUUUCAAAAAAUCUUAACAUCCAUUCAUGGUAAUUAAAAAAAACCAGUAAGUGAGGAAUACAGGAACUUUUUACCAAGGUUCCUCAACUUGGUAGAAAAUAUCUAUAAAAAUCCUAUAGCUGACAUCAUACUUAAUGAUGAGAAACUUGAUGCUUUUCCAGAAAGAUAAAGAGCAAGGCAAGGAGGUGCCUGUAACCAUACCUUUUUUGCAACCUUCAAGAAGUCCUAGCUAAUGCUGCAAGAUAAGUAAGGGAAAUAAAAGGUACAACAGAUUUGGAAGGAAGAGAUAAAACUGUUGAUGUUCACAGAUAACAUGAUUGUCUAGAAAAUUCCAGAGAAUCAGCAACAAAAAAUUCUCCUGACACUAGCAGUUACAGAAAGGUUACCGAGUAUGAUGCUCAGGCAGGUGAUGAAAGGAGCUAUCAAGUAACAGAGAUACAGAAGAACCUUAGAUGCAUAUGGCUAAACGAAACAAGUCAAUCUGAAAAGGUUUUAUACUGUAUAAUUCCAACCGUAAUGGAGUCUGAUAAAGGCAAAACUGUGGACACACUAAAAAAAAUAAGUGGCUUCCAAGUGUUCAGGGUGAAGGACAGAGGGAUGAAUAGGUGGAUUACAGACAAUUUGUAGGAUAGUGAGACCAUCCUGUAGGAUAUUACAACAGUGGAUACAUGUCAUUCAUUUGUCAAAACAUACAAAGUGUAAAACACAUCUACAGAGUGUAAAACACACCUACAAAGUGUAAAACACAACAGGUCAACCCUAAUGUAAACCAUGGACUUCAGUUGUAAAAAUGUAUCAGUAUUGGUUCAUCAAUUAUAACAAAUGUACCACAUUAAUGCUCGGUAUUAAUAAGGGAAAAGUGUGGAGGGAGGUAGAGGUAAAGGGGUACAUAGGAACUCUGUGCUUUCUGCUCAUUUUUUCUGUAGCCCUAAAACUGCUCGAAAAAAUGGAGUGUAUUAAAUAAACAACCCUGCCACAUAUUACUUUCUUAUAUAUUUACAGAAUUUGAAACUCACAUGAUUCAGUACCAGUUUUUCCAUGGUGGGGGUAGAGUAGGGUAGGGAUUGCAUUCUUAGAAAUCAUAUAUUGUCAACCACUAAGGCAUAUUUUCAAGUACAGCUUUCUGCUUUUUAUUAUCUUCUUUUGAAAUUACCUUAAGUUACUUACCUCUCAGUAUAACAUCUUGUUUCUUUUUUAAUUUUUUAUUUUUUUUAUUUUAUUUUAACUUUAUUUUACAUCUUGUUUCUGCACUGAACAUAUGUUUCUGCCCUGCAGCUAUAAUAAUCACUAAUGAACAUUUGGGUUUUUAUAGUCUUCAGAAUACUUUAAAUUAUAGCAACUGUGGCUUGAAAUUAAGGCCCAGUGUAAUAGAGUCUCUUCACAUCUGAAACUAAGAAGACCUUUGAUAGCCUAACUGCAGGUUUCCCUCCCUAGGUUUCCCUCCCUAUUCUUCUCCCCCAGGUCACUGUAGUCAGACAGUCCUUGUUUAUCUGGUGGACCAGUUCUUGGUUUCCCCUCAGUGGCAAGUUUCACUUUCCUACCAGCCCACAAAAUUAUUCUGAAAAACCAUUCCCAUCUUCUCACAGAAACUUUGCUGCACCCUCUGCAUACUACAGAGCCAUUUCCCACAACCCCUGGUUUUUCCUUUGUUCCCAAGCAUGAUAACCUGUGUGACCCUUGGAUGGUGGUGUCAUGUCUUCUCACCUGGCCUGUGAAUAGACAUUACUAGUAAGCUUAUGUAGAUCUCAUCUGUCCAGUGUAAGGUGUCACAUGUUCAGCUAUUGCAUUACCCCAGGGCAUGAACCCUGCCACCAACAGAGUGACUAGGAAGCAGUUAGUACAGCUGGGCAUGAACAAGAUUGUCCAUCUAAGACAGGUCACCUGGUCACUUAGCUAAUUGCUCUUGUCUAACAGGUUCCGUGACGUGGCAGAGGCUGCUUGGGAUGGAACCACCAACUGCUGGCAGGCUUGCACUUCGGCCUGCUCUGCUCUGUGUUCUUUUUUGGAUGUUGCUAUCUCUUCCCACUCUGAGGCUCUUGUCCCUAAGAGAAUGAUUCAUUGGCUGUGCCCCCUGCGUGACUUGCCAUGGGGUUCAUUGUGUUUGGCAGGUGGUAUCUGAGCUACCUGUGAGGCCGGCUGCUGGACCGUGGUACUUGCCCUUGUAACUACCCAGAAUGUCCACAUCAGGGGUGAUGUACAUGGCUAGAAGUCCAGAAUAACUGAGGAAAUUUGUAUGAGAGAAAUAAGAGAGAAAGAAACCUGCAUGGCAGAAAAAAGACAGCCAUAGCAGAGAGGAUGGUAAGUCAGCCAACCUCUCUGGGUUAUGGGCCCAGCAUGCUUUUGCUGCACCACCUGUUGUGUCUUUUUUUUUUUUUUAAGGUUCUGUACUCAUGGUUAGAGUACAAAACUCCAAUCCUAUGGUGCAGCAAAGAGGUUAAUUCAAAUGCAGCUUAAGCCUGGGAUCGUUGCACCAGGUGAAGCAACCAUUGCCAUGGAGCAGGCCCCCCUAACCCUUUCCUGAAGAAAGAAAUUUAUAAAUUUGAUCAGAGUAAAGAGAACCCUCCUGAAGUAACAGCAAGUAACCACAGAAAGAAAAGAAAUGGAAAGAAUGAAGGGAGGGAGGGAGGCAGAGACUUAGAUACGAGGAGAGUAAAUAACAAGAUAACUGAAAGAUAGGUCCAUAGUUUGUUUUUGAAAUUGAGAUGUGGUGUCUGUACAAUAUUAUAUAAAUUAUAUCCGCAGUUUGACUCAAUUAGAAAUCCAGAAUGUACUAAAAUCAUUUGUACAACAAAAGAUACAAGGGUGCUGUGAUUGGCUUUUGUACCUUCCAAAUUAAUAUUAACUUUAAUGCUGAUGUGUACCAUUGGUAAAUUUUCAUAGCCUUAAUACAGGGCUCAAGUUACACUUAUACCUGGGCACCUCCUUAAAUUUAAUCAUGUUACCCCCUAAAAUCUUAGAGGUGUUAUUGAAUAUAAAAUACAGUGCUAUACUGAAAUUCCCUCCAAAAUUCAUGCUGAAAUCUUAACUGCCAGUAUGAUGGUAUUUGGUGGCGGGGCUUUUGGGAGUGAUUCAGUUAGGAGAACAGAGUCCUCAUGAAUGGGGUUAGUGCUCUUAAAAUAGAGUCCAGAAAAUUCCCUUGCUUCUUCCACCAUGUGGGGACUUAGAAAAAGACAGCCUUCUGUGAACAGGAAGCAGUUCUCACCAAACAAGGAAUCUUCUGAUGCUAUGAUCUUGGACUUCCCAGCCUCUUGAACUGUGUGAGAAAUAAACUUUUAUUGUUUAUAA